AUGGGAAAAGACCCUCCGCCUCAGCACGCGCACUCCGGUGCGCCCCAAUCCGAGCUCCCGUCCCUGCCGCCUCCCGCGCACGCGUGGGGCCGAACCAAGUCGUUCCAGCAGCAGGACUCGGGGAGCGGGGGGAGCUUGGGCAGCGGGGGGGGAUUUCGAUCAUGGUAUAAUACCAAGGGCGGGCUGCCGUUGCAGGUAGGCUCGCAUGACGACGACGCGGACAAGACGGCGAGCGGCCGCGAGAAGAAAGGAGAGUUGAAGCAGCAGGGGCAGCAAAGCGGAGCGGCGCAGGCGGCGGCGGGGGGCGAGUCGCGGAUGAAGGGAGUGGCGUCUGUGUUUAAGAAAGGCAUGUGGAAGUUCGGGGGGCUGCGGAAAGAAAAGGAAAGCUCCGCCAGCAGUGCCGCACCCUCCGCCACCAGCAACAGCAGCAGCAAAGGGGGGGCGGAAGCGCAGGCGGCAAGCCCCAGGCACUUUUACUCGGGCCCCUUCCCCUUCCCCGCGGACCGGCGCAAGACGACAGAGGCGCGGCGGUCCCAGCUGCGGCAGGGGCUGACGCCGCUGCAGGGCGUAGGCUCUCCGCCGUCGUCGUCGCUCGCGGUGUCCGUUACGUCGGAUACGCACAGCACGGACAGCGACGGUGUUACCAGUGGGUUCAAUUCGCACGCGGCGUCGCACGAGGUGCUGUCGCCGCUACCCCCGCACGUAAAAUCGCCUCUGGUCGGAGACAAGCCGAAGAAGAAAGGGCUUCUAGACUGGGACUUGUUGUCUCCUAACGCCGGCGGCCUGCUCGGGAGUAAGCGCGGCGCGAAGUCGUCGCAGCAGCAGCAGGAAGCGGCGGCGACCGCGGCGGCGGCGCUAUUGAGUAGCAGUCGCAGCGGGCGGCACGCGGACUCGCUCGCGGCGCAAGGGCGGGGUGUUAGCAGCGGCGCUAUUAGCGGGCCCAUACUACCGGGGAUGAUGCCGGGGCGUCUGGGCAGUAAGGGCGCGGGUAACCCGCCUGCUGACGACAAGUCUCUCGAUAUAAGCUUCCUGCGAUUGCGGCAGGUCGAGUCGCGCCUCUCCGCGCACUUCCCCACCACUCCGCCGUCCGCGGCGGCGGCGGAAAAGCACCCCCUCCCCUCCCCCACUCCCCCGCACGCGGGGCGCGGAGACACCCCGCAGCGCCCGCAGACGCCGGAAGAUCCGGGCGGACCGGAUUCGGCGCGCAAUCGAAUCCGAGUGAAGGGGUCCAGCAUGAAAGCGGAGGACGAGUCGCCCUCGUUACAGUCAAGAGGGGCGGGCGCCGCCCCUGUUGGUUUUCUUGAUGCGCCCGGGGGCAGCAUGCGGGGGGGCGGAAGUGGAGGCGCGGGGGAUUCUGCGGGGAAGUCAGGGCGAGGAGGCGCGGGUGCUUCCGCGGGGGGAGCGGGAGACACGAUGAUAGAGGUGGAGGUGGAGGAGAUAGGCGAGGGCGGGGAGAUUAAGACUAAGACCAUCCCGGCGCGGCUCUUAGAAGCCACAGUGGUGCAUCAGGGCGCUUCGGGGAGGACAGUAUCGGGUCGCAUUAUGUUGGAGACGGGCGAGGUGAUGGUGGUACAGAUAGAGGAGGACGACGGACCGCUCUCGCUCGCGCUGCAGGCGGCGCUGCCGCACGCCGCCAAAGGGGAAAGGGAGCGCGCGCGGGAUAGGGAUAGAGACCGGGAGAAGGAAAGGGAUAGGGAUAGGGACAGGGAGCGGAGGGAGAAGGGGAGUUUUCGCGGCGGGGAUGGCGCGGAUAGACCGCGGUCGAAGAGCGGGCGCGGGGGGGAGACGGGCGCGGAAGGGGAAUUGCGCUCCCGGUCGCGGUCGAGCAGGGGGGAGUCCGCGCACGAGCACCACAAGCGCGCGCAUGGGCUUCGCGGGGAGGACGAUUCCCGCCCCCGGUCGCGCUCUGGGCGGGGGAAGGGCGCGGAAGGGGAAGCGGGGGAGGUGCGCCCGCGGGAGCGGAGGGAGAAGGGGAGUUUUCGCGGCGGGGAUGGCGCGGAUAGACCGCGGUCGAAGAGCGGGCGCGGGAGGGAGACGGGCGCGGAAGGGGAAUUGCGCUCCCGGUCGCGGUCGAGCAGGGGGGAGUCCGCGCACGAGCACCACAAGCGCGCGCAUGGGCUUCGCGGGGAGGACGAUUCCCGCCCCCGGUCGCGCUCUGGGCGGGGGAAGGGCGCGGAAGGGGAAGCGGGGGAGGUGCGCCCGCGGUCGCGGCAUAGCAGGGGGUCGGAGGGGCGGCGGUCCCGGAGCAUCCGCGUAGAUAGCGCGGAAGAUUGGGAGAAUGGACGGCCGAGAUCGAGAAGCGGGCGGGGGGAUGAUUGGGGCGGGGAGGGGGAGGGGAAAGCAAGGAGCAAAAGCAAGGGGGUGGCGGAGGGCGGGGAGGGCGCUUUGGAAGGAAUAGGGGAAGGUUCAGGGGGGGGAGAAGGGGCAGCGGCUGGGCUUGCCACGCCACGUCAGCGGCGCUUGGGGCGCACGCGGUCGCGCGCACUGGAGGAAGCGGUGAAGGCGGCGAUGGGCGGGGACGGGGAAGCGGAGAGCACCACUCCGGGCGCGCUUGCCUCCGCCGACCCCCCGCUCUCCCCGCUGGACGCGGUGCAGCCGCGCGCAGACGACGCGGCGCUCACGCCAGGGUCGCGCGGAGGGGCUUCCGCCAAUGUCACUCCGCGCAGCAGGGCCAGAGGCGCGCGCGCUGGGGGGAUGGGGGAAGGCGGGGCGGGCGCGCUGGAGUCCCCCGUGGGCGCUGCAGCGAGCCCCGCGGGCGGGGAGAGGCCGAGGCGCCCGCGGGAGCGCAGGCGGACACAGUCGCGGUCAGGCAUGGAGGAGAUUAUGCGGGGGGUCGAAGGCGCAGCGGAGGGCGCAGGGGGGGCGGGGGGCGCGCGCACCCCUGUGAGCCCCUAUCGGGGAAAGUCGUUUGGGCGGGGCGAGGACGCGGAGAGGAGGGAGAGGCUGCGGGAGAGGGGCAAAGAGGGGGCGUCUCCGCGGGAAAUGGGCGGAGCGGGGGCUGCGGGGGGUGAUGGCGCAGCAGCGCAGAUCAGACACGCCACGCCGCCCCCCACGCGGCCGCCCGGGGAGAGAGGCUACAGUAGAAGCCGGUCGAGGCGCGUGGCAGAGGAAGGGGGGGGGAGAGGGGCGGGGGAGGAGGGGGGCGGGGCGGGGAGAGGCAAACCCGCCAGGUCCCCGAUUGGGGGGAGGGGGAGCAGACGGCGGAGGAGCGUUUCAAGGGUGGGGGAGGAGUUUGGCGCAAUUACUCCCCCUGUGGGCACGCCCACUGCGCUCACCCCCACUGGCGUCUCCCCCAUGGCUGUUUCCCCCGGAUUCGUUCCCCCGACCUUGUCCAAUGGGGAAGGGGGAGGCGCGGGGAGCAAGGGGGGAGACGGGGCGGAGGGCGCAGUUUCGGAUAUGUUUGAAGGGUUUCAGGUGGGUGCUGUGGUUGAGAGAGUGGCGGAGCGGUUGCAGGAGCACGGAGAGAAGCGGAGGGAGAGAGCAGGGGGGAGGGGCGGGAAGGAGGAGGGGCGGGGGACGGUGCGAAAAGUGCGCAAGGAUGAGUGGGAGAGGAUUAAGGAGAGGGAGAGGGGCGCGGGGAAGAGCGGACGGGCGGUUGAGAAUGGGGAGAGGGCGGAGAGGGGGAAAAAGAGGGAGGAGGAUGUGAGGGCGAAGGGAGGAGAGGCGGGAGGAGAGAAGGAAGGGGAGAAGGAAAGUGAAAGGGAAAGAGAGGAGGGGAGGGAGAAGGGCGAUGACAAGCAGGAAGCAGAGGGAGUUGAGUCUGUGGGGGCCAUUGGGGGUUGUACAGAGGUAGGUAUGGAGGGAGUCGAGUCAGUGGAAGCUCAUUCAGAGGUUCAAGAGAAGCAGGGAGAUGGAAAGGCUGGUAGUGCGGUGGUAAGGGCGGGAGCAGGAGGGGAGGAGGGCAUGGGGGCAGCAGCAACGGCGGCGGAGAGCAGGGAGGAAAUGGAGGCGGGAGAGAAGGCAGUGCAGCAGCAGGACGUGGCAGUAGCAGCCGCCCCUGCUACAGUUCUCCCUGCAGGCCCACUGCCAACGGUGCCUGUGGUGGGAGUGGGGGGAGCGGGCAUGGACGAGGAGGAGCGCAAGGUGCUGCAACUCAAGGGGCUCGCGCGCCCCUCCGCGCUUGCUGUCGCCGUCUUCUCCCCCACCUCCGCCCGGCUCAUCUCCCCCUCCGCCACCACCUCCCACCCCCUCCGAUGGUGCCGCGGAGGAGGAUCACGGGGCGCAGAGGGAGGUACAGGGAUCAUGGGGAUGAUGAGGACGAGCGGGGAGGAGGAAGAGGAGGAGCGGCCACCGGAGUUGAUGUAUGUCCGCUCGCUGUCCACCCUUCGCCGCCCGGAAAUCGCGCAGAUGCAGGGCGGCGGCGUGACGCCCGCCGCCCGGCAGGUGUACUACGAGUUUGGGCCGAUCGGGGCGGCGAGGGUGCGCGCGCAGCAGUGCCGCGACCACUGGUCGUGGCUGUUCAUGCAGUAUCUCGAAACCAUGCUGCCACGCCUGGCAGUGCAAGAUGACGAUGAUAUCAUGAGUCUCACCAGCACGGGGGAUCAUUUAGACGAUGACGAUAAUCUCGCCUUCCCCAGCGCUGCCAGCAGCACUGCGUUUGGGAGCAGCAGAGGUGCGACGACGGCAGUGGCCGGUGGAGCAGGGGGGGGUGCGUGGCCGGAGGGGGGGCCGGGAGUGAGGGUGCUGCGGCCGGUGGGGCGGACUAACCGGAACUGGUCGGUGGCGGGGGCGUUGAGGGAGUUUGAAUGGGUGAGGCGGAAGUUCCGAGGGGUGGCGGAGAGUAGCGAGCGGUUGAACGAGGGCGAGGAGGAGGACGACAAUGAAGACGACCCAGCAGCACCAGGUGGGGGCAGUGGUGGUGGUGGUGGUGGCGCCGGUGGUGGUGCUGGUGGUGGGAGUCUCGGGGGCACGUCUCCUGUGCGAUUCAAUGACUCUGCGACUAGCUCCACCUGGAGGGACCUUCCCAACAGCUCCAAUAGCUCGCCCUGGCAUGGGGAUAGAGAUGAGGGGGGGGACGGCAGGGGGAGGUACGCGCACAGUGAUUUGGGGGGCGGAGGGGGAGGGUAUGCGGGGAGCACAGGAGGAGGGGCGUAUGGCAGUGGGAGGAGGCCUAGUAGCGUGGCUGCGGGGCUGUCCGGCGCAGGAGGGGACGUGCAUACGUACGGGCCAAAGCGCUGGGGCCCGGAAGGUAGCCUGCAGUCUCGCCUCGUUGCCGAGGCGCUGGGAACAGGACAAGCGCUGCCGACCACGUGCCAGCACGACGAUAUUCUCCGGGUGGCGGGGCUGGUGGCAGCGAUCAGCAGCUGGCAGCCGUCCACUGCGUGCAUGUGCCUGCUGCGCCUACUCGACCGCAUGGCCCAGUUCGAACUCCUCUCCCUCGGGAUCACCAUCUCGCCGCACCACGACGCUGCUGCUGUCGCAGCCGCCACUGCUGCGGCUUCAGGGGCUCACGGGUCGGUGCGAGGAGGAGGGGCGCUGGGGCCGUCGGCGCGGCAUCACCUGGCAGGGAUUGGCAAUGAGGGGAGUAUGCCGUCGUCGCCUGCUGGGUCGCGGCGGCGCUCGGAGAGUUUCACCAUGGGCGGUGGGGGAUUGGCGGAGCAGACAGGGCCUAUUCCCACGUCCUUUAGUGGGCUGGGUUCUGCUUUUGGUGCCGCACCAGCAUCGGCGGCGCCGGCGCAGCAGCAGGCGGCAGCGGCUGCACAGGAGGCAUCGGCAGCAGCAGCGGGAGGAAGAGGAGGAGCAGCAGCGGCAGCGGCACCACCACCACCACAGAAGAAGUCAGGCGGCGGGUUGCUUGCUUUCACUGCGAAUAUCACCCGCCCGACCACUCCGUUCUUUGGCAUCGGGUCCUCCUCUGCUGCCUCCCACCCCGCCCCCCCGCCUCCUGAACCCACUCCGCCGCCCGCCCCGCCGUCCAAUGUGAGCUCGCCACCUGUCUCGGACCUGUCAGGAGGGCCGCCGAUCGCUGUGGGGCCCAUGGGGAUGGCAGGGAUGGGGGGCAUGGGGGCAUUGCCAGGAGCGUCCUAG